CUCAGGCCCCCCGGCUGCCUCCCUACCUCCCACACAGCUCAGUGGACUGGCAGGCUUGAGACAGACCAGCAACCUGGUGUGCAUGCCACGGCCCGUUCCCUCUCCCCACACAGAGCGUCAGUCACUGACAGAGAGGGCGGGAGCUGGCUCGGGGCUGCCAGGGAAGCACUGCAGCGCGGUGACAGUGACAAACACAGCAGAGGACGCCAAGCGCAUUCCCUUCCCCUCCGAGGGAGACAGGCACGGCCCUCAGCCUGCAAGCUCUAAGCCGUGAAAACACCCUAACCAGCAGCCGCUGAGCCAUGGCUGAAGGGGAAGUCACCACGUUCACAGCCCUGACCGAGAAGUUUAAUCUGCCUCUGGAGAAUUACAAGAAGCCCAAACUUCUCUACUGCAGCAAUGGGGGCCACUUUCUGAGGAUCCUUCCAGAUGGUACAGUGGAUGGAACAAGGGACAAGAGCGACCAGCACAUUCAGCUGCAGCUCAGUGCGGAAAGCGUGGGGGAGGUGUACAUAAAGAGCACCGGGAGUGGCCAGUACUUGGCCAUGGACUCCGACGGGCUUUUGUACGGCUCGCAAACACCAAAUGAGGAAUGUUUGUUCCUGGAAAGGCUGGAGGAAAACCAUUACAACACCUACACGUCCAAGAAGCAUGCAGAAAAGAAUUGGUUCGUGGGGCUGAAGAAGAACGGAAGCUGCAAGCGUGGCCCCCGGACUCACUACGGCCAGAAAGCAAUCUUGUUUCUCCCCCUGCCAGUCAACUCUGAUUAGAGAAGUCUGCUCUGGGCACCAACCACUCCAGAGGGGUCCUCACCAGCUGACCCCAGGUUGUUCCCUUGACCAUUGGCUGCGCUAACCCCUGGCCCACAGAGCCUGAAUUUGUAUGCAAUGCACUUCUAAAACACCCAGUUCAUUUUCUUGCAGAGCUCUUUACCCCAGCACAGUUAGGAACAGAGGGGACCAAAUUGCUUUGAGGGGCCAGUUGGCUGGUUGGUCAGGGUCUGCUUUGGAGGUGCAGUUGCCUCUGGGCAUCUGCUGCAGGCUGAGCCUCUCAACGCACAGGUGGGACCAAAAGAGGUGUGUUCAUUGGCUGCCCAGUAGGUCAUUAGUAACAGCAAUCGAUUCCCUCUACUGAGUAAACCCUGCCCACAAUUCUCCCAAAUAUCCAGUGUGACUCCCUUUUGCCCUAUAGGUGCCCCACAAACAUUAGCAGAGAAGCUUGUGGCUAGGUCAGUGGAAGGCAGCGUUCCACAGUAGAAACAGGGACUAAGAAAUCCUUCCUCAAGAACGGAAGGGAUUAAAACGGCACAGGGAGACUUCGGUGGGUGGCUUAGAAGGAUGGGAUCUCAGUGCGGCAUCAAUGAGGGAACAGGAGGCUCAGGCACAAGAAGGCAGAAUAAAUGUCAAGCAAUGGAAGUCCUUAUGAGGCCUUGACCUUUCGAAAGUUAUCGGGCAACAGGAAGCCCCUGGAUGAUGUCAGGGGGACAGCAGGAAAAGUGGGUUUUUGAUCAAGGACAUUGGAUGUUGGUGAACUCAUCUGGGUCCAGGACGUGGCCAUGGAAGUGAUGAGAAAGGAAGGGAAACGCGGGCUGAGGGACCGUUAUCUUCUCCACAGGAUGGGUCUAGAGGUGAGGACGAGAGAGAGAGGGAUACCCCAAGCUGAGCCUGGCCACCAGGACACGAAGGCUUCUGGGUCCCGGGACGGUGCUGACAGGCCGCACGGGGGAGCGAGUUUGGAUGUCGAUUCUGGCCCAGUGGGUCUGGGGUGCAGCGGUGACAUCUCUAGCUCCCAGGCGCUGCAGAUGCUGCUGCCGUCCCCCACCAUUCUUUCUGUGGAGGUCUGACAGGUGGUAGCCAGGUGAAGGUGGCUCAGCCCUCCCACCGGCCCCCUCUCCCUCACCCCUAAGAACACGAGCACUCAGGCGGCAUCGGCGGCGUGACGCUUGUGCUGAGGUGCUUCGGCCCAUUGCCUAUAAAAUGCCCCUUGAGAAGAUAAACAAGAGCAUACUUCAAAAAUGUUAAACUCUCACCAACAGCUUUUCCUAAGAGACCAUUUGUGUUACGAUCACUUGUAUAAAUACGCUUCCUGCUUAAAGUAAACUUGACCCAAGUGGCUAGCAAAUUAGAAGCACCAUUCAUCUUUGACAUACGAUACUGUUGCCCUAUGAAGGUGUUUAAUAAGCCAUUUAAAUUUACUGUGAGGCUGUAUGUUUGAAUCACAUUUAAAAAUAUAUAGCUCAAAGGCAGUUAAACUGACUAGCAUGUAGCCACUGAGUGAUACUAGGGUACAAUGUAGAAGCUACUCAGUUAUCUACGACCUGUACUACAGUUACCUGUAAAAUGAGAUUUUCCUUUGUUUCCCACUGUGCUGUUAGAAAAUUUUUCUUUGAAAAUGGAGAUUCUUAAGUAAUGAUGUGAUAAUUGUGGAUAAAAACUGAUGCGAGUGUUAGCUCAUGUUUUAUAAGGAAAUGAAGUUAUUAUUCACUGAAAAAACAAUUCCUAGUUGAGCUGUCAUAUUGAGAACGGGAGAAAAAUGACAACUGGUGAAAGUUUGAAGCAGUGGCGAGACUGAGGAACUGAACCAAGUUAACACGACCGUGAAUAAUACCAUCUUGCAUUUGUUUCUACAGCAAAUGAUGUCAUAACUUCUUUUUGUAACUUGGGUAAGACAGUUCUACUUUAUAUUCAUAAAUCUUUGCAGGCAAGUUAGGGAUAGUACAGUGUGGCUUGACAUCUCUUUACUACAAAGAUUUGGCCAGAAAAAGGUACCCAGAGAGGAAAUCCAAGAUAUUUACAAUAGUCCAUAAUUUUUAGUGCACGGAUCAAAUUCAAGUAUAACACUGGCCAAGCAAACGUAAAUGCCAAUGCUAACAGACGAGACGGGAGCCCGUGGGCUCAGAGGCCCCAAGCCUCGUGGAAGAAACACUGUUGUGACCUCAGCACCCUUGGGCCAGCCCCCACUCGUGGACGCGCCCCCGAGUGUUUAUGAAGUGCCCACUGUGUGUCCGGCACUGUCCUGGGCACGGGGGCCCCUGGGAACCUCGUCUGUCUGGUUUGCUGCUGUAUUCGCUCCCAGGGCAUUCGACGUGUGAAGAAAGAUGCUGUGGAUUCAUUUCUUUCAGUCAAGUAAACACAGACUUUUGCAGGCUCCUGCUGAAUAAACAGUAGGUCCCAGAAACCCAGGUGUGGGAAGAAUUAGCAACUCCUGGCAUAAAACAAAAACCCCUCUCCAGGUGUCAGAGGACACGGCAAGGUGAGCCCAGCCUUGUCAACUGCAGAACUGUGUCAGCUCACUUUCCGGUCAGGAAGAGAGCCGGUCAAGUCUGGGAGGAAGGGGCGGUCAGCGGCCCCUCGCACCGUUUGGAACAUGCUCCAGUUCCUUGAACGUGGAGCAUCCCUGUGGCUCUCUCUCUUCCUUGACUCAAUCGUGCAGCCAUCUGCCUGUCCCAGGCCUCUCGUGGGGGGUCAUUUUCAGGCCGACUGGUACAAGUUGCCUGACGUUCUGCAGGAAACAUCAGGAGUGUGUUUGCUUUCGACUGUUUUCAGUGUGCUGGUGGAGGCGGUGACGACUUGUUUCCUCCGAAGGGGGGAUGAAGCCUCCUGUGGCCAACAGCGUGUACUUAACAGAAACUGCGGGGGCAUCACGUGGCACUGAAGGUCAGGUCCUUGCUUUGCGUCAGAGGCGACGGAGCCCCAAGACCUCAGCCUCAUAGACGUGAUGCCUAGACCAGCCAAGCUCCUGGGCUGCAGAGCAGAACUCUGAUGAAGAUGCCUGUCAUUUCACAUCACUGUCUCUCUCUCUCUUUGUUUGCACCUUACAAAUAUUAAUAAAUGUUC